AUGCCAGAUAUUUCCAUUCUAACACAGCGCUCAAAAUCUUUUGUAUCCCCCAAGUCGAUUCAGGCCACAAACUCGCUUGUGAUCACGCAAGUCCCUCGAAACUUCUUCCAACCUUUGAUCCUCGAUGCUUUGCGCGACCAUUUUGCUACGUACGGCGAGAUCAACCAAUGGGUGCCGAUAGCAUCAUUUUCCCGUAUCAUCCUCGUAUAUUAUUCAGAGGAUUCUGCUGAGUUGGCGAAAAACACGUGUGAUCCUCUUAUUUUGGCGCCCCCACACAGAACGCCCACGGUUUUAAGAGUAUAUCGCUCCGAGCCAAACCCCAUCUUUUCACUAUCAUCACCAACGCCAGACGACAAUCUACUGCGCCCUCCGCCGAUCGAAAAGAAUUUCCUUAUCUCCCCACCUGGAUCCCCACCAAUUGGCUGGGAGCAAAUUCGCGAAGAGCCACCAAAUUCUUCACCUCUUGCAGAUGAUCUCAUAGCUGCACUUCGCAAGUUGAAAAUGCAGGAACGGCGCUCUAGCCGAGAAGUGCUAUUGGAACCGGAAGAUGGUGUGGGAGUGGGGGUAUACGUCGAGGACUGUGAUAUGGCUGACGAUGACGCGGAGGAGGUGGAUUGGGAGUACGGUUGUCCAUCCCCGGCCCAGCUACGAUGGAGACCCAUGGCAACCGCAAUGCCACCACUCCGGGUGCGAUGA